UAAAAUAAAAAUUAUGGAAAAACAAUAAAAAUUCAAUACUAUUUGCAGAAAUAUUACAGAAUAAAAUUUUUGCUAAUUUGGAAAUAGUUGCCGCUAUUUGCAUCCAGGAGAUGUGACAACUAAGGUAUUCAUUGAAAAGGUUGAUAAGAAAAGUAAAUCAAAGAGCAAAAAUUCUGCUAAGGAUGUGUCAGAAAAUAACUAAAAAUAGAAUUUCUUUAAGUCUACUUCUUCUUAAUUACCUAAAGAUAACUCUACCAAAUAAACUAAAUGUGUAUAAGAUUACUCUACCUAAGCAUCGAUGGUGACUAAAACUCCUGAAUCUGCAAAAAAUACUCCUGCCAUUACUUAUAAAUUAAAUUCCAUGAAUGAUGGUGAAUCUCUUAAGGAUGCUUUGAAAAAUGAGAAAGGAUGGAGAAACAAAAUAAAAUCUUAAGCUAAAAAAAUUACUUUUGAAGAAAUACCUGAAUAUGCAUAGACUGUUCUGAAUCCAAUCUCAUCCUCUAUUGUUACUUAAGAAAAGCAAAAUUGUUCUAUUUUAAUGUCAGAGCAAGCUUAAAAAUACGAUCAUUAAAUAAACUUGAGAGGACAAGAUAUUUAUUUAGAGAAAAGCGAAAAUAACUCAAAAAAUUAAAUCUAAUAAGGCAGUGAGGCGAAAUUAAGACAAGUUAAUUAUAAAAAAUAACUGGAGAGGUAGUUGGAAGGUUAAUUUAUUAGCAUAGAAAAUGUAAAUUAAGAUUUAACUUUGAUUACAAAAGACAAGCAGGUAAUUCUUUAUGAUUAACUAAUCCCUUUAAUUGAAGAAGACAUAGAACUUACAGAAAAAUUUUAAAUUCAUUCAGUUAUAAAAUUAACUCAUUUAGAUGAUAUUAUUAAGUUGUUUUAUGACCCUUAAAGUAGCUAGCUUUACAUUUUGUAAUUAAAUUAAUUACAGAAAAAGAUGAAGUUUUAUAUUAUUGAAGAAGUUUAUUAAUACUUAACUCAUUACAGCAAAGACUUUAAUUUGUUCUUUAUCAUUGUUGUCAAUAUUGACAAAGAGAAUAUAGGAUUUUUCCCUCUUCCAGAGAAGAGAGAGUGCUAAUACUUAGAGCCAAUUAUAGUAAAGAAUUAUAAUGAAACAAUUAUAAACUUUUAGAAGACAGAGCAGACUUUAAACAUAAAUUUAUAUAAGGGAGUUAUUAUUGAAGAAUUUUAACUUAUCAGUUAGGAAAUAUUCUAAGAAAUGAGAGCUUAAAAUGGGCAAAGUAAAGAAUUUAAUGAAAAUUUACAAGAUAUGAUUAUCGUCGAAUAAAUUAUUCCUUAAGCAAAAUAAAGUAAAAAAAAGAUGAUUCUUAGCGAUAGUGAAAGUGAAAAUGAAAAUGAUUUAGAGAUGUCAAGAUAUUUUUAGAAUAAGUCUAGUUAAAAUCUUUUAAAGUAUUUAUCUUAAAGUUCUACUAUUUAAUAAGAUUCUGAAUAAAACAAUAAAAAUAGCAUUUUAAAUCAAAGCAGCAUUCUAUUUGAUUCAGGUAGUAAAGUCGAAAAAAAAUCAUUGGAAAGUGUAAACAAAAUAAAUAGUUUGCAAUCUACUGAAGCAAGUGAUAUUUUUUCGUCACCACAGACAGUUUCUCCAAAAAAUGAAAACACGUUAGAAUCUUAACCAAAAAUUGCUAAUAAUAAAGAUAAAUAGCAGCUUGAUUAAAAAGAAUAACUUUAGAAAAAUUCUAAGCCUUCCACGUCUGAUAGAAAUAACUCUAAUUCAAAAAACAAAAAUAAAAGCAAUAGGAGUAAAACAUAACCUCAUAGUAAAAAAUCAUCAACCGAUAACAAAUAAUAAAAAUAAGAUGAAAUAAAAUAGCAGAAAGUAGAAUAAACUAAAUAAAAUAAAGAAAGUUAAAAUAAAAAUUUAAAAUGUUAGAAAAACCCCAAAAAAUAAUCUUAAUCUUUAAAUAGAUCAAAGGAAGUAUCGAAUAGUGUGGAAAAAAAGAAGACACAUGAAAAAUUAAAUUAAGUUAAUAACAAAAUUAAUGAAAGCAGCUAAAAAGUAAAUGAAAUCAUUGGGUAAUAAUAAAAAAGUAAAGUAUUAAUGAAUAUUGAGGAAGAUGAUUUGUUUCCUGAUGAAAAUAACCUAUAAUUAGAAUAAUCACCUGAACUUAAAAAUAACAAACAAAUUUAAAAAAAUUCUAAAAAAAAUGAGGAAAAUAAGAAUCAAUCUGAAUAAAAAAUACCUUAAAUGAGCUCUUAAAAAAAGACAUAAAAAUCUAACAAGCUAUCUCGUACUUUAAGCAAAAUAAAUGAUAAUUAAAAUUUAGUUAUUGAUGAUUCUAGUAAGGAAAUUAUUUAAAUUUCGAUUAGUUCUUCUCAGUCUUUGAGUUUGGUAGAAAAUGCAAAUGUUAGCGAAUAAUUUAAAAGAAAGAAAUAGGUUGAAAAUAAAAAAUAAACUUAAAAUGUAGAUGAAGAAUUUGAUAUUGAAAAUAACUUAUUCUGUGAUACUUAGUAGAAUAAAAAUAGUUAAUUGAAGGAAUUAAAAAAAGAUAAAGACUUUAUAAAAACCUCAAAAACUAAUAAAAUAGUUAGUAAAAUUAAAUAAAAAAUAGAUAAUUGUAUUGCCUAGUCAGAAUUUCAAAUGUAAGAAAAUAAGAAAAAUAACUAACAAACUUGCAUUUAAUCAGAUUUUGAAAAAUUAAAAAAUUAAGAAAAACACUCUCAAAUAAUAAAUCCAGAGAUUCGCAAGUAGAAAGGCUAAGAUUAAAAUUCUCAAACAAAAGAAGUAAAGUAGAAUUAAAAAAAUUAAGAAGACCUUAACCAACAAAAAGAGUAGCAGAAGGAAUAAGUUGAGAAAGAUGACCAAGAGUUAUCGGAUCAGAAGUAAUAUGAGUUUGAAAUAGAAAGCAAACAAAGCUAAUUUUCUUUAUAAUAAAAAUGUAAUAAACCAAAAUCCGAGUAAAAUUUUAAUAAAAAUUAGUCAAAUGUGAUUCUAAAUCAAAGUGAGUAAGUGAGCUCUAAAUUAGAAAAUACUCAAUGCUCAAUAAAAAAUGAAUAGUAGUCAUACAAUAACUUUACAACUGCUUAAAAUAGUAGUGAAAAAAGUAAUAAUUUAAAGGACAAUAUUAUUACUAUAAGAUCUGAUAUUAUUUUAAAUAAGAAGAAAUUACAGCUUGUAAAGUAUCUUAAAAAAGAAGAUAUUGUGGAAAACUUUAAAAAAAUGCAAAUUAAAACAAAUUAAAAUAUUUUAUCUGAAAGCAAUUGUGAUUAAAGUCAAGAAGAAAAAUCAAAUGUAACUACUAAUCAAGCUAAUAUAGAAAAAAAAAAAAAUCCUAUCAUUAUACAUAAAAGUAAUUACGAGGGAUAAAAAAACAGUGAUAAUAAAUAAAUUAUUUUGGAUUAAAAAAUUAUUAACUAAUAACCAAUAAAAUUAAAAAAAGAUGAGCCAGCAUUUGUUGUUGUUGCUGCUGCUAGUUCUGAAGUGAAAUAAAAUAUAAAAAAAAAGAAAAUAAUAAAUAUGAACAAAAUUAAGAGAGAAGAAUUAAAUAAUGACUACUACGAUGACUUAAACUCAAGCAACACUUGCAAAUAUGUAAAAAAAUCAUUUGAAGAGCCUAAAAAUGUAGAUGUAAACUUACCUUAUUAAAUCCUCUCAGAAGAAGAUUUUAAUUAUAAUAAUUAAAGAAUUAAGUAAUAUCCUCCAACAAGAGUUACUAGCAUGGUUGGUGAUAUUGAAGAAAUAAUCAUAACUGAUGAUGAAGCCUAUCUAGAAGAUGAUAUUGAAGAAACAAUAUUGAAUGAAGAACCAAAAAAAAUGUAUAAUAAUAAGCAGUAUGAUUAAUAAGAUAAGAAGAAUAUUAGUUUCAAUUAAAUUCCAUAAUUUAUUAAUUAGCCAUAAGCAUUUCUGCAGCCAAGUUAAUAAUUCAAUUAUUAGCAUCAGCAAUUGUAAAGCAUACAAUUUUUUUAACCUCUACAAACCAACAUAGCACAAAACUUUACAUAAAAUUAAAUUUAGUAUUUAUCUCAUUUGCAAUAAAAUCCAAUGCUUCCAUUAAGUUUCUAUCCUUAAUGUAGAGGUUAAAAUGCCUACGACUUUGGCUUCUAUAAUUAACACUCUUUCUACCAGCCACCUUUACAAUAUAACCAGCAAACCUAGAUUACUGAUCUUGAAUUAGCAUAGAUAGAACUUUAAAAAUACCAGUAUAUUUAAUAAUUAAUUAAUUGAUUUCAUACAAAUAGUAUCUAAUCUUUAUUGUUAUCAACUGAAUAAUAUUCUGAUUAAAAAUUUAUAUUUUUUUGUAUUUUUUGUUUUAACAAUUUUUUCAUUAAAUUCCAUUAUUUGUU